AUGGUAGAAAAUAUGCAAAAUAAUUUUAAAGAAAAGGGGGACAAUGGAAAAAGACACAACAACUACAUGAAUAAGAAAAAUAAACAAAAAUGGGACAACAAAUUUAAGAACAAAAGUAAAAAAAACGACUUCCGAAAAACUAACAGUAAUUAUAUUGCUUUAGGUAAAAAAAACCAAAGCAAUUUAAAACAUACUUAUGAUAAAAAAAAUAUAAUCCCUUUCAACAAAAAUGAAAAUUGGGACCAUCAAAAUUAUUCAUACAAUUAUGAUUCAGAUGAUAUGGGUAUUUAUAAAAAUAAUGAAGAAUCAGAUAUUGACAUAAAUUCUACGCAAAUGGAUAACAAUGGAACUACUUCAAAUUUGAAAGAUAAUGAAAAUUGUCUAAAUAAUCAAAACUCCGAUACAAAAAAUGUUGACUAUGUUGAUUAUAUAAACAGUCUUAAAAAAAAUGCUGAACAGGAUGAAGAAAACGAGAAAAAUGAUGAAAACGAAGAAAGUGACAAAAAUGAACAAGAUAAGGUUUACAAUUUUUUCCUUGUGUUUAGUCCACUAGCUAUAACAAGUAUAAAAAACAAAAGCAGUAUAAUUAAUGCCGAUGAGCAUAUGGAUUUUCUAGAGAAAAAAUUAGAAAGCCUUGAUGAAUUAAUAGAUAUAACUCGAAAUUAUAGAGAAAGACAAAAUUUACAACAAACAAGAGAUAAUAUUAAAAAUAAACUUGAUAAUAUCAGAUUAGAUAUUUUAUUUUUUACAUUAUUAAGUCUUAGAGAUUCAAUUAUUAAUAAAAAAAAACAAAUACAAAUAUAUAUUCAUACGAUAAAUGGUCUACUAAUUUAUGUAUCUCCUAUAUUUCGUGUACCUAGAAAUUUUUUUAUAUUUAAAAAAGUUAUGUUAAGCUUGAUGAAAAAUAAUAUUGUUACUGAUGAAAAUAAAACCACUCUCUUAAAAAUUCUUCCUAACCCAGUUAAAUACUAUGUAGGAUCUUCAACGUGCGUUUGGAUAUCAAAUGAUGGAUUUCCAACAGACGCUAAAAAAUUUGCAGAUAAAUUAAAAGUUUCGAAUGGGAAAUAUUCUUUCUUUCUUUCCCUUUCGAAUAGUUACAAUUUAACAUAUUUUAUGGAAAAAACAAAAAAUCGAAAUGAAGAAAAUAUUCAUUUUAAUUAUCAUAUUAAAUUAUCUGAUUUUAAAUUAUCACCUGUAACUAUUUGUUCAAAAUUGUCACACUUUUUAAAUUAA